GGUCAACACACAAUAGAUGUCUAGGAAGGAGUUCCACGGUCGGUAAUAGUCUCAUAGUUCCGAGCGUCAUUUGCGGAAGAAGCUUCACCAGGGAAGUCUUUUUUUUAAGGAAGGUUUGCCGUCUGAAUGGAAGAGGCCCUUUUGGUAUUUGCGUGGGAAAGAAGUGACUAGAACACCCAAAACUUUUCUAAACGUACGAGAUGUCUCCCACACACUUAUCACCGUCCCCAGCGGACAAUAAGCCAUCCAAUAAGCCAUCCAAUAAGCCAUCCCAGAAGGGGAGCAAUCUCCAACAAGUCACCCCCAUCACCCACUUCACCAACAACGCCUCCACCAUCAACACGGGGCCGUCGAACGUCACCACCAACCCGGCGGGGCCGGCUCUCCCCCCAUGGGUGCUGGACGAACGAGAGGCGGCUCGGAUCGCUCGCAGAAGGCGCAUCCUUCAGGAGAGAGCUGUUCGGAUCCACCAGCCGAGGACGACUUCCAUCGCAGUUGACGUGGAGGCCCUGUCCCAUCAAGUGAAUGAGCGCCUGCGGCAGGAGGACGAGGAGAGACGAAGGGAGGAGGACUUUGGACGCCUCGCCACGACGCAGGACAAAGCGGCCCUUCUGCUGGAGCAUCGGGAAAGCAAAGACCGCCAAAACAGACAUCAGCAACUAAGGAGGUUCUGGAAGGACGACCAGAAAUUCGAGAAGAGGAGAGAGUACGACCUGAACAGCCAUGAUCAUGUCAUUUCGUCCCUCUACUUGCUGAAAUUUGAUGGAGAAGAUUUGGGCCUCAGGAACCGCGUCAAACAGCAACAACAACAGACGAAGUCCUGGCUGUUGCAACAGAUGGACGAACAACAGCAACAACACCUUAGACAGAAGGAGAAAGACAGAUUGCAAGAGUUGCAACAAAUGGAUCAUGCAGAAAAGACGAGACAGCUGGCACUAGCGGAUGAAGAAUGCAGAAGAGCAUUGGAGAUUGCACAGUUGCAGUACAACAGGCUCCUGAGUCGCGAGAAAUGCAACGCCCUUCAGGAGAAGCGGACGGCAGAUAGAAAAGCCGAGGAACAAGAAGUCAGGAACGCCGUUUUGGGCACCUUUCUAAACGAGGACCCUGAUAUGGCAAGAAGCGCCCUCGGCCCGCAUCGAGUCAUUGUGGACAGGUGGAAAGGGAUGUCUCCACAGCAGAAGAAAGAGAUUCAAAAUAUCCAAGCGAAGCAAAUCGAGGAAAAGAAGAGACGAGACGAAGACGAGAGGAGACGUGAGAGAGACUGGAGUGAUCAAGCAGUCAGAUGCGAUAGGGCAGGAUUGCUAUUUGCUCACAAAGAGGAGAUCCAUCGCAGAGAUGAAGAGAACAAGCAACUAGCCACCAACACUCACCUUGCCCAAGAUCAGAAACUGAACCAGUCCCGCCUCAAUUCCAUCCUGACCACAAACAUCCCGAACGAGGAAUACUACAGACACUUUGGCGUUUAUCCGAGAUGAACAGUAGUAGUCUUUUUGAAGGAUGGUUUUUCCUUAUGCUUUUAAGGAACUUCUUCCACGUCCUCAAAGGACGUGGACCUGAUGUCACUUUUGUGCUUUGCACGUUUCCAUAAGUGACAUGGUGAAAUAAGUUAAUCUUUUCACCUCCCCCCGUCCACAUUCACAGUAAAAUUAAUAUAUAAUGGCCAUAGUAAUGUUCUAUCUUAGUUCUGAACAUUCAGGCAAUACGUAGGUAGGAUUUUUGAGGGACGUUAGGUUAGGCUAAGCCAUUUUUGGUAGGAUUUUUCUGGCAUUUCUGUCGUAAAACUCUCGUUAAAAUUACUGGAUCUUGUAAAGAUGAAUAACCCCAGGUUCCGCUGGGGUUAUUCAUCUUUACAAGUUUGAUUAUUGGGUUAUUCAACUUUACAAGAGGACCCUGGGGUUAUUCAUCUUUACUAGGUAGUUAUAGGGUAAUUUAGACUUCAAGGUACUUAUUCGUUGUGGUCGCUUUACAAGCUGUUUAUAGAGAUUGUUUAUACUUAAGGGUUAGUUAUUAGUUGUUUUCGCUUGUUUUAGUCGGGUAGUCAUUAGCAUUGCCUUUAUUUUCUUCAAAUUCUGUUUCCUAUUAUGUAACAAAGCAAGAAGGACCUCAUUAGAAAAGUAUAACACCCUCGAAAUGGAUCGUGCUAUUUAUCAGAAUAUUGUUAAACCUUUAUUGGUAGAAGAUCCUCUUUCGGUAAUAAAUUGGAUGAAGCGACAUGGACUUUUAAGAUGAGAGUUGAAGUGCAAGCACUGUGAUAAGAAUAUGAAAUGGACUAACCGUUCUGUACUACAAGAUAAAUAUGCAUGGAAGUGCCAGUUUAAAGAUUGUGAGAAAUAUAAGCAAUAUGAAAGUAUUCGUAAAAAUUCAUUUUUCUUCCGUUCCAAACUUUCGUUGCAGAAGUGGGUGGAAGUUAUUUUCUUUUGGUGCGAGCAAACAGGUGUAACUCCCUCAGUUAAUUUUCUGAAUUUUUCAAGAGUGACUGUGAUUGAUAUCCACAAUUUCUGUCGUAAGGUGUGUUCUCAAUAUUUCGAAAACAAUCCAAUCAAGCUAGGUGGACCUGGUGUAACGGUACAGAUUGACGAGUCUUGCUUCUCGCACAAACCAAAAUUUUACAGAGGACGGGUACCAAGCAAACCCCUAUGGGUUUUUGGUAUUGUGGAUACCUCAACGACACCGUCGUUAGGAUACAUGGAAAUAGUCGAGUCUCGGAACGCACUUACACUAUUGCCAAUAAUUAGGAAAGUCGUUUACCCUCAAACAAUUUUACAUAGUGAUCAGUGGAAGGCUAAUUGUAAUAUUGAAAAAAAACUAGGUCUGUCAAUCAUUCUAUCAACUUUGUUGAUAAGCCUACCGGUGUGCACACACAAGCAAUCGAGAGCUACUGGAAUAAAAUAAAAACACAUAUUAAAAGCAUGCGUGGCUGUAAACGAAAAUUCUUAAACUCUUAUCUGCAAGAGUAUAUGUGGCGUGAAAGAAAUAGCACUAAUGCGUUUUAUGCUUUUUGCGGUGUUAUCGCUGACCAAUACAAAUUAAAUUAGUUAUGGAUUAUAUCCUCUG